UUCCCUUACUGAAGCAGUUCACACGCCAAAACAAAAAAAUACACUUUCAAAAUACGAGCGGUUGAAUCAAAAAAAGCGAAUCGUAAAUUUUAUAUAUUUCUUUUUUACGGUGUGGUUGAAAAAUUCAAUUCGAACAUGUUGAAGGGGACUGGACAUGAAUCGCGUGCAAAACCUACCACGCCGAAGCACCUGGAUUUCGAGAGGGAAAAUGUGGAGGCUACUUCACGUAUUCCGCUGAGAAAUCGUGAUUAUGGAUUCAUGAAGACCGGCAAAACGGCCACUCCGUUUCCAAAGAACACGGUUCCCCUCAAUUCACAAAUGCUGACGGACCGUCUGCAAACUGUCCACCGGAGUUCAGUUUCUUCGAUUAUGUCUGAAUCGAUGUCAACGUUUUCCAGUGAAUCUUCACUCUCGCUACUAGCGCAAGCCCCUUCGCACAAUACGGAAAUGACGUUUGAAAUGAAACGAAAGUUGUUCGAUCAGGGCGAAUUCACCAUAACGCGCGGCAAGAAAACCAGCGAUAUGUAUCAUCCCACAAUUGAGUAUAAACUGCCCAAGUAUUCCAAGCGAGACUCUCACCAGCAUGCCUUGCAAGAAAUGGAGGAGUACUGUCGUGCUAUGAACAUCAAGAUUAGCAAGGGCUUUGACAACUAGAUACAAAUAUAACUUUUUACACUAUAGUACACAUAUCGCUCAUACACAUGUAUAUUUAUUUAAACACAUAUUCUCAGUUAAUAAACAACUGGCAACUAGUUUCCCUUGUAU